UGGCCAACGGCUCUCUCCACCGAAUGCUGCUCUCUCAUUGAAUUACCGCACUCAGCCUGUUCAGCUCGAUUUAGUCAUAUAAUUUGGAGCAAACCAGGUCGGACCGGCUCAUUAAAUACCUGCUAUCUGACACACACUUCCCCGGCCUUCUGUUUGUCUGACUGCGGCGAUUGGGCGUGCUUUCCUGGGCUCGCUGGCUGGGUUUGGUCGGGGAGGCAGGGGGAAGUACGGAGCUGGUCCCGAGUGAUGAUGGAGCUAGAGUCGGCCAGUACCAGAGGCGAACUGGGAGCUGUGGGUGACUCGCUGCAGCCACAGACUCCCAGCAGGCACGAAAAGAGUCUUGGGCUGCUCACGACUAAGUUUGUGACUUUACUACAAGAGGCGAAAGACGGAGUACUGGAUCUGAAAGCGGCUGCAGACACUUUGGCAGUGCGGCAGAAACGACGUAUCUACGAUAUCACUAAUGUGUUGGAGGGAAUUGGACUGAUAGAGAAGAAGUCCAAGAACAGCAUCCAAUGGAAGGGUGUAGGUCCAGGAUGUAACACCAGAGAGAUAGCAGAUAAGCUAAUUGAUCUGAAGGCUGAGCUCGAUGAUCUGGCUCUCAGGGAAAACGAGCUGGACCAGCAGAGGGUCUGGGUCCAACAGAGCAUCAAGAAUGUCACAGACGACUCUAACAACAGCCCUAUGGCAUAUGUUAAACAUGAAGACCUCUGUGGAGCUUUCAAAGGUGACACACUCCUAGCAAUCCGUGCCCCCAUUGGCACACAGCUAGAGGUCCCCAUACCAGAAGCUGUCCUUAAUGGACAGAGGAAAUACCAGAUCCGUCUGAAGAGUUCAUCUGGUCCUAUUGAGGUUUUGCUGGUCAAUAAGGACCCGUCCAGUGCCUCUCCUGUUGUUUUGCCCGUCCCUCCUCCAGAUGACAUCCUUCAAAACCUCCCUGCACCAGCACCUACCUCUCAGCUGCCCACUGCUGCCUCCCAGGUCUCUAAAGCAGCUCCAGCAACGCCUACAAAACCUGCUCCUGCCAUAACGUCAGUGACAGCAGCCAGCCAGACGGCCUCAGUGACAGUUUCAGAAGUGACGAGCACCACGCCACUCACCCCAACAACAGAUACGCCUGCUACAGUUACUCAGCAACUACAGUCCUCUGCCUCGUUGGAUGGAUCUGCGUCCUCCUCUGUCUCUGCAGUAUUUGAACCAAUUAAAUCAGAUCCCUCUGAAUUGCUGGACUUUCCCAAAGAGCUCUCUGAAAUGUUUGAUCCAACAAAAGAGAUCAUGAGUGGAGACCUUUUGGAGGACUUGAUGUCAUCAGAAGUGUUUUCGCCUCUGCUCCGUCUGUCCCCUCCACCCAGCGACCACGACUACAUAUACAACCUGGACGAGACAGAAGGCCUUUGCGACCUCUUUGACGUCCCCAUUCUCAAUCUCUGACCUCAGAGAUUCUUUUCAGAGCGGGAUACAGUUUCCCAAACAUGCUAAUCUACCUUCAUUUUCUCCAAGUUGUCCCCCUCACUGACAGUGAAGGUGAGAAGAGGUGCAGGAAAGCCGAUAUGAUCCGAUGAGCGUUCAAGGACACCUCUGCACUGACACGGUGAGCUCAAGCUGAGCUCAGUCAGACAGUAGCUCGACGUGCGGCCUCGUGAAGAAACCCAGGCGAGAACAAAACCUUUUACUUACUGCUUUUCCAAGGAAACCAACAAAUAAUUAUUUUUUUAGAUUGUCACGUAAACACGUAAAGCGUUGUUUGUGUGUCGGCUUACCCGUGUGCUUGUGAGCGAAUGUGAGUAGACACACUUUACACAAGUGUGCCUGUGCGUCUGCGUGUGCGCUUGAGUUUUGUAUUGAACGCUCUCUUAACUUGAGUCAGAUGUCUCCAGGAGAUAAAAGAGAAACCCAUUUCCUAUCAGGUAAAGAGUCAUGGCAGACUAAACAGAGCAUAGCCUUUGUCACCCGGCAACUGCUCACGCAUGGCUUGAAUGCGUCCAAACACAGCUGGUUAAAUAUUAUGCACUGUCCUCAAUGUACAUAGAGAAUAUAUAUUUUGUAUUACCAGCACACAAGACUAUUGUGAAAUAUGAACUACAUUUUUAACGCAGGCAGGGCGACAGUUUUGCAAGCAAGCAAAGGUUCCAGACUCAAAUGAUCACGCUAUAUGUAUGAUGUGCUUUGUUUUGAAUCAUGGGAAUUUAUCUCAAUUAAACCUCCCAGUGUUGGAAGUGUUUUUGUGAACCAGUUAGGGAAAGAGGAUCUUGAUGUUGAGUUAGUGAAGCCAAUAAACUUUGUGACGUAAAGAGCCAAGGACCAAAACAAUGCAGGGUUAGGUGGGUGGGUCGGGGUUGUUUUAGAAUUCUGCCUUUUUACAUAAACACUUUUUAGGUCAACAAAGAGCUUUGAAAGUAAAAUGUCUCCUCUAACUGGUUAAGAUUGGCACUUCUAUACCGACAGGUUUGAUGAGGAAAAAAAAUAGGCUUGCUUUCAGUUUCAUUUUGCCUCUGGACUUUUGAACUUUGCAGAUUUUUAUUGGCUCUGAUUAAUAUACAACUUUAUUGGAGUACGUCAGAGAAAUAGCUUUUUCCCCCCUUUCCAAAAUAAGUUCUGUGGCGAUUGUAUUUCACGUAUUAUGUAUGUAUAUGAAUACCAUUGUACUCAGUUCAUUUGUAUGUAAAAGGACAUGUAUGUAUUUUUACUGAUGCAGUGAAUAUAGUCACCACGUCAUGGAAAACACUCCUGUUUUUGCUUGUAUCUGUAUAUUUGGCACAGAUCCCUAUUAAGUUGUUUUAUUCCGAUGUUCUUCCUGUUUCUUGUAAAUGAAAUACUGCCUAUCACUCUGAAUUUAAUAUCGCAACUCUAAUCAUUUUCUCUGUGCAGGGGACAGUCGAGCAGCAGCUCAGGAUGAGUUGUUUACUCGUCAGAUUGUUAAAGUACUAUAUCGACAUUAUUCAUAUUUCUAUUGCUUCUUCUUUUUGUGUGAUAAUGUCCUGUUUUGCCCUGGA